AGCAUAUUAUUAACAUGUUAUUACAGGAGGUGUUUUAGAUAUUGAUCCAGUAUUCUGUCGUAGUUACAAACUCUCUCACGGGCUUAAAACGCGGACCUGUUAAACUCUACUGUUUAACCAGUGCAAACAAACAAACCCGGAAAAAUGCCGAAGAGGAAGUCACCUGAGGGAGCAGAAGGAAAAGACUCUACUAAAGUCACAAAGCAGGAGCCCACUCGGAGGUCAAUGCGCCUGUCCACGAAACCGACUGCUCCUAAACCUGAGACCAAACCCAAAAAAGCUGCAGCUAAGAAGGCAUCUGACGAGAAAGUGGUGAAAGGAAAGAAGGGCGGAGCCAAAGGGAAGAAGGAGGAGAAAGAGGCGGUGCCCGCUGAGAAUGGAGAGACCGAGGCCGAGGGGGAAUCUGCGACCAAUGAGGCCGAGGCAGAAGAUAAGGAGUGACUCGAGUUGGUUUUCUGGGGAAUGGAAAAGACUUUUUUUUAUUCUUUAUUGAGUAUUUUGUAAGAUUCUAACUUUUUUUAGACUUGUCAUUGUAGAUUUACUUAGCAAGCUCACACUCUUCCCAGACGUCCCUGUUCCACCCUGUUAUCACCGGAUCGGACAGAUCUGUCCACAAAAAACAAGAAAACCUUUUUUUUUCUCUCCCCCCCCCAAAUGUUUCACCACCAGCAGCAGCAGCCAUAUCAGUUCAUAACUUUUUAGUCAGUCGGAGUCCUGCGUCCCCUCCAGUAACGUAACAACACGUGCUUAAUGUUUGUGCCACGCUGAAUGAGUCAUCUGGACAUUCAGGAUCAUGAGUUUAGUGUGUAUUUUUAGUCUUCUGGGUUUUUCAAUUAUAAUCUCUUGUAUAAUGUAUAAUAAUAACGUCGCUCAAUAAGAAAAAAAAUUGCGUUACAUUUUUUUUAUCCUCUUUAAUAUACAGAUCAUGAUUUGUGUAUAGUUUUUUUUUUUUUUUUUAAAUUUGAUAAUUUGAACAUGACCCUUAAGGAAACGGCACAUAACCAUAGCAAUAAACGCAGGGUGCUGAGAGUGACGUUCGUUCUGAACCUGAACCUGUCGUGCUUGUGGAGAUCCGCCUGCCUGGCUGGCUUGGGAUAUUGUCUGUGAAAAUGUUUUCAAAUAAAACCAUGAAAGAAAAAGA